AAUCGAUCAUUAUAGAUUUAUAAGAUAAAAGUUAUCUCUCUCGUAUUUAAGCUCCUGCUAAUCCAGGUUGUACAUUACUUCGUUCUGGUAGUCAGACUAAACCACCUCCACGAUGAAUCACAUUUGGGUGAUUUGUGCAGUUUUGUAUUUUAGUUCCAUGUCAUAUGGACUGAAAUGUCCGACCUGUAAGGGUGCAAACUGUGAUAAAAAAUCAGAGAUUCUUCUGCAAGAAUGUAGUUUUCGUCAUCCUUUUCCUCUAUACCGAAGUCAAGCAACUUUUCUAACUGCCGAAUCUAAUUAUGGAUGUUUGCAGUUUAAAUAUGUUAAAGCAGACAAUAAUGUUGAAGAAAUAAAGCAAUGCAUUGUUGUGGAUUCGCAAAGAGAUGUUUGUAAAGAUUUGAAGUCAACUUUUGAUGUGAAAAGUUGUAGUGUUAGAGUACCAUUACAAGAAGGUUUUGAACGUGAAGGUGAAGAUAACGGUGAAUCAGUGAGCUCCACAUCUAAUCCUGAAAGUACCCCAUCUAGUACAGAAAGCACACCAUCUAGUACAGAAAGUACCCCAUCUAGUACAGAAAGUACCCCAUCUAGUACAGAAAGCACACCAUCUACUACAGAAAGUACACCAUCUAGUACAGAAAGUACUCCAUCUAGUACAGAAAGUACCCCAUCUAGCACAGAAAGCACACCAUCAAGUACAGAAAGUACCCCGUCUAGUACAGAAAGCACACCAUCUAGUACACAAAGCACAUCAUCAAGUACAGAAAGUACCCCAUCUAGUACAGAAAGCACACCAUCUAGUACAGAAAGCACACCAUCUAGUACAGAAAGUACCCCAUCUAGUACAAAAAGUACCCCGUCUAGUACAGAAAGCACACCAUCUAGUACACAAAGCACACCAUCAAGUACAGAAAGUACCCCGUCUAGUUCAGAAAGCACACCAUCUAGUACACAAAGCACACCAUCAAGUACAGAAAGUACCCCAUCUAGUACAGAAAGUACUUCAUCUGGUACUGACAGCACUACGACUAGCGCCGACAGCACAACAGCUAGUUCAAGCAGCACCUCAUCUAGUACCGACAGCACGGGAUCUAGUACAGACAGAACCACAUCUAGUACAGACAGUACUUCGUCUAGUACAGGCAGCACCGGUUCUAGUACAAACGGUACUCCGUCUAGUACUGAUAAUCCCCCUUCAACAACGCCAUCUUCUGCUACAUCUAUUCAAACAUCAUUUGGCGUUUUACUAGCAGCUGCUUUCUACAUCAGGUGGAUGUAAUUAAUUUUUUCGCAAAUAUUUAUACGUAAUAACUUAUUUAUUGUAAUCAGAUUUUGUAUAAACGGAUAAUAUUUUCAUGGUUAUGUUAAUUUAUAACAGAACUGCAGUUGUUACUAACAGACGAAAUAAACCUACAUUUGUUUUAAAUCUUA